CAACUUACCAGGCAACGAGUUGACGUCCUGUCACAGAAAAACUAAAGUUAAUUUUGUUAUGGAAUUUUAUGGAUGGGCGACAUAACAAAAUGAGUCGUUCAAGUGUUCAUGCCUGGAAGCCACGAUGUCCGUAGUUUUAGAUGCUUCGGGUAAACUAUGCACUUCAAAUGUUGACAACGCUGUAUUUCACGCGGUGCAUGCCCAUGUCCCCUGCGGGGCUCCGUAGUAACUAUACACACACAAUACAUACAAAAAACGGAAUACCGUAAAUGAAUGCUGGGAAAAGUAGUUUUACACCUACACUUCCCGGUAUGUCCUCUGGCGAGAGGUUGCAUCUGAAGUUGUUUGACAGGUGACGUAUUGACAUAGUGAAUGCUGAUACAAGGCAGACGCCGCCUGUGAAGGUCGCAAUUAAUUCUGAGCCAAAUUCCCAUCCUCGAGCACCGUCGAUCCUAGGUAUUACGUCUUCUUUCUGCUGAUCCUAAGCGCUCUUCUACCACUCUGCUGCUGCUGCAUAACACAAUGUCAUCAGAAAACAGCACAACACCAGGGGCACUGAUCUCCUACCCCCGCCCCCGGGACAUCACAUCCAUAAUCACAUCAAAAAGUUAUGGGCUUAAGGAAGAUCCCUGAUUGCAGCUAUGAGGAAAUUUUGGACCAGAGUGGGUAUCGUCGGCUCCGUGUCCAUCGUCUUUGGUUCCCUGCUGUGGUUGAAGCAGAAGAGCAAGAACUCUGUGUACGAGCUGAAGCUGGUUCAAGUCCUGUUUCGACACGGCGCACGAACACCGCUUAAAUCGAUACCGGAUGUGAUGGAGGUGCAAUGGGUGCCCACCCUGUUGGAGCCCCCCGCCCACACGCACAUGAACUAUGUGGUGACAGAUCUUUACGGUGGGCCCAGACCCCCAGCAAUGUUGGAGGACAGCUACAGGAAAAAGACGCUGAGCGGCGGCGUGUUCCCGGGUCAGCUGACCACUUUGGGCAUGCAGCAGCUGUACGAGCUGGGCAAGAGGCUGAGGAGGAGGUACAUCGAGGAGCGUCCCUUCCUCAGCGCCACCUUCAGCCCGACUGAGGUCUAUGUGCGCUCCACCAACAUUAUCAGGACUAUUGAAUCCGCCAAGUGCUUGGUUGCAGGCCUCUUCCAGCAAAAACAAAAAGAAGUAGUUCCCAUAUUGACAACGGCAGCUGAAUCGGAAAUCCUCUACCCCAACUACCACUCAUGCAAGCUGCUCAGAAUGCUCGGCAGCCGCCGCUUGGCAGAGUCGUCCAACCUUCCAGACAUCGCAGCAGAUCUCAAGAGCAUCCAGAGUGAGCUGGGCAUCGCCGCCCGCCCUGAUGUCGACUUCAUCCUUAUCAGGGACGACAUGGUUGCCAGAGAGGCACACGGUCUGCCCUGUCCUCCUGCAUUGACCACGUGGAGAAGCACAGUGGAGCAGAGAGCUGUAGACAUGAUGUGUCACGUCUAUGAACCCAGCAAGAGGGAGAGCUUGCAGCUGUGUGUGGGACCACUGUUGCACACCUUUUUGUUGAACAUAGAAGAGAAGCUACAAGGUGCAUCGACGGAGCCUAACAGGAAGUUGUUCUUGUACUCCGCCCACGACACCACUUUGAUCCCGUGCCUGAUGGCUCUGGGCAUUUUCGACAUGCAAUGGCCGCCGUACGCCGCCGACCUCACGCUAGAGCUUCAUCAGCAUCAACACACCAAGGAGGCUUUUGUCAAAGUGUCCUACAAAGGCCAGGAUCAACUUGUACCAGGAUGCAGUGGACUCUACUGCCCCCUGCAGGAAUUCAAACAGGUGCUUUCAGCACAUUCGCUCAACUCUGAACUCUACCAGUCGCUUUGCAACAACACUUAAGCGUGCUCCAUCAUGGCUUCUUAUGUUUCUUCUGGGAAUCGCUGUGGAGAUGAUGUACAUCAUAGUGGGCCUGGGCAAAUCAUUGUUCCAUCCUUCCAACGUCACACACGCUUUUGUUGGCCAAACGAAAUGUCACCUCACUCUUCAGGGAAACACUUAAUAUUCAUAUUUUAUACACCGUCUCAUGUUUAUAGCAAGCGAGGGUGUGCAAAAUAAAGUUAAUUUAAGCACCAAGUCAACUACUGCUUUGUGCUUUCUAGUAGUACUUGUACAAGUAGUAUUUCAUCAUAGUUUACUGCAAUAAUGUUUUUGGGUUCGACAUUUUAAUAUAAACUCUGAGUGUUCUUUGAAGGGAUAUCAAAUAAAGUGGCAUGUUGGCCACACAGAAUUCUGGAAGAUCUGCGCUUGAAUCUCUGUUGGGCA